AUGUAUCGCCAAGUUUUAGUGAACGAAGAUGAUUGUCAAGUUCAAAAAAUAAUUUGGCGUGCAGACUCAAAUGAAGGACUAAAAUGUUAUAAAUUAAAUACUGUUACAUACGGUACCGCAUCUGCUCCGUAUUUGGCUGUUAGGAGUUUGUUACAAGUUGCUGAAGAUAAUAAGCGUGAUUAUCCAUUAGCAUCAAAAAUAAUUAAGGGCGACUUCUAUAUGGAUGACUUGCUCAGUUCCUCAGAUACUGAUACUAAAGAGGAAAUAAAGAUACAGAAAGAUGUUUCGAAAGUUUUAGCUGAUUCUCUGAUUCAGGGUUUGAAUUACGAAAAUGGCUUUGUAAUGAACCAAAUAUAG